GACCGAGCUACUCUCUGACAGUCACCAUCAGACCAUCAGACCACGAGAUGGACAGGCUGUGUGUCGCUCUGAUUACAUUCUUAUGUGCUGUUUCCUCCAGUCAGGAUGGGAUCUCUGCAGCAGAGGUGGAGCUGAGAGUCAGACCAGGAGACAACAUCACUCUCUACUGUGACUGUAUCAUAACUACUGGAGUUCACAUUAUGUGGAAUAGGAACUGUUCUCACAGGUACCAGCCUCCUCUAGUUAUUUCAAUUUACAACGUUUACCAAAAUCUUCAGGAAAUGUCUGAUAAUUCCAACCGUUUCCCUGGAUAUAAUGUGUUGUGGAACCCCUCUAACAACUCCUAUGAUCUACUGAUUGAGAACAUCACUGAAUCUGACCUGGGACUCUACUACUGUGGGACUGUGGAGAACCAGGUAGUGGAUGAUGGAGGUAAAGGAGGAAUUGAACAGAAAGAGUUGUACCACUAUGGAAACAUCACCACUAGGAUUUCACUUGAAACCAGUCCUCCUGAGUCCUCCUCCUCCUCCCCUCCUCCUGUAGGACUGUGGGCUGUGUUGGAUGUUUGCUGUUCAGUCGUGUCCUGUGUCUGCUCUCCUCUCCUCUCUCCUCUCCUCCACCCUGUGUCUACUCCUUCUGCAGAACACAGCUCCAACUGA